UCUCGAUCGGUGAAUUACAUUUUUGUUUCAUCGUCCCGCAAUCCCGAAAUAACGGAUUUGUUGAAGCGUAAACUUGCGAAAAAUCUUCCGCGAGGAUGGCGUUAGGCAAAAGUUCGGGACCGCAGCUGGAGAAGCAAAUCGGUUGCAUCAAGUUCACAAUCUUUUGUCUGAACACAAUCGUAUGGAUUCUCGGUUGUGCGAUGUUCGUGCUGUCGAUUUGGAUGCGAUUCGAACCAAUGCUCGAAGAAUGGGUCGAGUUUCUGAAUAUGUAUGAAUUUUACAUCGGAAUUUACGUUCUUAUUUUUACUUCCGUUGUUGUCAUGGCUAUUGCUUUCAUCGGUUGCGCCGCAGCUCUUAUGGAGAACAUACUGGCUCUAUUUAUUCACGUAGGUCUUCAAGUGCUUUCUUUCAUCUGCGGUCUAGCUGGAGUUUCUGUUAUACUCGAUUACUCAACGUAUGACAGUCAGAUUCAACCAAUUAUUGCGCGGUCUAUGUACACUCUCAUUAGUAACUCCCACGAGGAAAUGGCCAGUCGCAUUCUCAGACUAAUUCAGGAAACUAUCGGAUGCUGCGGUGCUAAUGGACCAAGAGACUACAUACGAUUGCGUAAACCGUUACCGACUGAAUGCCGAGAUACCGUUACCGGAAAUGCCUUCCACCACGGUUGCGUCGACGAACUGUCUUGGUUUUUGGAGGGAAAAACCGCAUGGCUUGCUGGUUUGGGGAUGAUGUUGUGUUUUCUUAACGUGAUUAUAGCUGUACUAACGUUAACGCUAAUACGAGCAAUCAAGAAAGAAGAGGACUCCAUGCCCUUCAAGCGUUAGAUGUUAUAUGAUCGUAAUUUUCUUUGUCACAGGUAAAUAUAAAUAUAGUAAUAGGUAUAGUAAUUAGUAUAAUAAUAGGUGUAGUGAUAGGUACGGUAAUAGGUAUCGUAAUUUAAAUGGUUUUAUAAACUAAAACGUAUCAAUUUCACAUCUAAAGUGUUUUUCUAAAGUUUUUUUUCAACGCAUCGCGAACUUAUCUUCACUCAUUUACGGUUUUGUACUUUUUUAUUCUUCAUGUAGGAUAACCAAAUAUAUACAUUAUAUCCGUACACAGAACAAAAACUCCACUAGAUAUCUAUUAAAUAUCGUAUAGAGCUGUUAACAUCUAAUGGACGUUAAAUGGAGUUUUUAUUCUGUGUUAUUUAUUCCGAUGUUUAAAACUUAUUGACUUUUUCUAAGUGUCACUGUUGUCUAUGAUUACUUUUUAUUUGACAUUAGUAGAAAGUUAAUAUGGACUUUUAUUAUUGUUUUUUAUUUUUUAGAGUUUUUUUAUUGUCAUUCUUUAAAACAUAUUGGCAGAUCUUUAAAAUGCCAAUUAUUGUUUUAUUCUACAACCUGCAUAUUUAUAUGCG